AUGCCUACUACCAAGGCCCAGACACCCUGCAAAUACCACCUCCUCUCCACCUGCCACCGCGGCCGCACCUGCUCCUACCUGCACUCCCCCGCUCCCACCACCACCGGCACCGGCACCAGCAUCCCCUCCACGUCCAUCCUCCGCCCCACCGCCGCCCCCUUCAUCCCCCCCUGCCGCUUCGCCGCCGCCGGCUACUGCAGCCGUCCCCGCUGCCCGUUCACCCAUCCCCCCGCACCGCCGGCCUCCCCCCCUCCGCCCGCCCCCACAACGCUCACCGCCACGCUCGCAAACCACACCGUCACCUUCGGCCCCGGCCUCGCCAUCCAGUCCACCACGCCCGUCCUCCCGCCAACCCUGCACAUCCACAACCUGCCCGCCGACAUCACGCCCGGCACCCUCGCCGCGCUCCUCGCCCCCUACGAGCCACACGAGACAACGCUCACCGCAACGCACGCCGCCGUCCACCUCCCCUACAAGCACCUCCCCGCCGCCAUCAGCGCCCUGCACGCCUCCCGCGUCGACGGCACCCUCAUCACCGCGACCCCCGCGCCCGCCCCCGGCGCCGCAUCAACCCGCGCCGACACCCUCCUCGUCACCUACCCCGCGCCCUCCUGCACCGCCAUCCUCGCCCUCCCGCCCGACGCCGCCGCCGCCGCCGCGCCGCGGCAGGAAGGCACCAUGCUCGGGCGGCGCAUCCGCGUCACGAACGCCGGCCACGGGAUGUUCCGCGUCACGGGGGUGCCCCCCUCCGCGCGGGCCUGCGACGUGACUCGGUGUCUGCAGCUGCCAGAGGCGGACGUGGUGGAGCUCGGCGAGGCGUCGUACGAGGAGGAGGAGGAGGGCGAGAGCACCGCGUACGUGCGCAGCCUGCUGGAGAGCGACGGGCGCACGGUGUUGAGCUGCGAGGUGGUGAGUGCGGCCGGCGAGGGGGCGGUCAAGAUGGUGGUGCGCAUGGGGAGCGCGGAGAUGGCGAGGGGCGCGGCGAAGGAGGUGGGCGGGCGGGUGUGCGAGUUUCUCGGCGGCGCGAAGGUGCGUGUGCGGCUUGUGUACAGCGCAAGGCUGCGCUCGUCGAAGAGGAUAUGGCGCGUGGUGGGCGGCGAGGUGGAGGCGCUGCAGCGGGCGCUGCGGGGGAAGCUGGUGAGGGUCGGCGUGUUCAAGGACGGCGGCGGGGGCGGCGGGAGCGGCGGCGAGGGCGGCGAGGGCGGGCAUGUCAGCGUCACCAUCGGCGGGUGCGAUCGCGCGGCGGUGUGCGACGCCAAGCGCCGCGUCGCGGGCAUCAUCGCGGGCGAGGUCGUGGCGCUCCCGGGCGGCAUCCCGCUGUGGAACGACACGCUCGUCACGACCGCCGGCAUCCGCGUGCUGCGGAGCAUCCAGGCCGGCACCGGCGCGUACAUCCACUACGACGUGCAGAAGCGGCGGUUAGCCGCCUACGGCACGCCCACCGCGCGCACCGCGGCUCGGGCGCGCCUCCUCGCGCACAUCGGCACGCUCCCGCCGCCACCGCCGCCGCCGGAGGAGGCGGCGGCGGGCGAAGGGGAGUGUCCGGUGUGUCUCACGGCGCCGACGGACGCCGUGGUGGUGCCGACGUGCGGGCAUGCCUACUGCGGCGACUGCCUGUCCGCGUUCCUGGACUCCACGCACAGCACGCGCUCCUUCCCGAUCAGCUGCAUCUCGUGCCGGGCGCCGCUGCCGCUCUCGCUGAUCCCCGGCACGCUGCACGCCGCGGCCUGGAGCGACUACGUGCUGACGCACGCGACCCAGCUGCGCUUCUGCUCGACGGCCGACUGCAGCGGUGUGCUGCCGGUGACGGCGGAGGGCGAGGAGGCGCUGUGCGGCGAGUGCCUGGUCGAGCAGUGCACGCGGUGCGGCGUGGCGUCGCACGACGGCAUGAGCUGCGCGGACUGGAAGGUGGCCAGCGACACGGAGGCCGAGCGGCUGUUUGGCGAGUGGGCGGCGGGAAAGGACGUCAAGUCGUGUGCGGGGCAGGGCUGCGGCGCCGUCAUCGAGAAGAUCGAUGGGUGCAAUCAUGUGCAGUGCCAGCGCUGCCUGGCGCACAUGUGCUGGGUGUGUGGCAAGCUGUUUUCGAGUCGCGAGGUGUAUGUGCAUAUGAGGGAGGUGCAUGGCGGCAUUGGGCUGGAGGAGGCCGUGGGCGGUUUUGAGCCCCCGCAGUGGGGCGCGGGGGGGAUGGCGGGCGCGGAUGGGUGGUAG